CUAGGUUGCACUAGCAGAGGUGCCAUUGUUUCUGCAUAGGUGUAACACGAAUACAAGCUAGACGACAGCAGAACUUCCUACACUCAGCUCUCAAGGCCCAUUACAACCAAGUCAACCCAGACAAAUGAGCUUCACUUUGGUUUGAUUUAGUUUUAUUUUGUUCCUCUACUGAGUAAAUAACGUUGCAUUGGCGUCACAUCUGUAGUCGGUCUCAGCAGGCAGUGUUGGGUCAACGUUUGGUUCUGCAGUUGGUCAGUAUGUGUGGAGGUGUAUCCAGACUUGCUCUGCUUCUGGUGCUGUGGGGUCUAUGCACAGCUAAUGACGUGACUCAAGAGAAAACAUUGGAGACCGGAGGAGCAGAUUCCACUCUUCUCUGCCCAAACCAAACACUCACUGACAUCCUUACUGUAGUAUGUCACAAAAAUAGAGUUAUAAGUGGAGGUCAUGAGUGUAGAGUAUCACAAGACUUUGAAACAAAUCAUACCAACAGCACUUGUGACCCAAGAGUCACACUGCAGACAGAGAAUGACAGUGUGUUUCUACACAUCACCAACACACAACCAUCUGACGAAGGGAACUACACCUGUGAUUGUACACAUGAUGAAGGCAAUUCUGAUAUAAACAUACAUAUUUCUGUCAAUGGGACCCAAGUGCAACAGGCCACAGACAACCGUCUCUUCUAUUGGGGGAUGAUAUCAGGCGUUGCAGCAUGUGUAGCUGUCCUGGUGUUUGGUGGCGUAAUCAUGAGGAAAAUUCAUCUCAGGAGAACACAGCUACAAGUGUCUGGAACCGUCAACGAGGUGCCACAACACUGCUUGCUGUUACCUGAGGAGCCACAGGACAAUGAGCCCUACAACACGUUCACAAGGAGAGACAAUGGGAUUUACUCAACUCUGCAGCUGCCGCAUCCUAACCCCUAACCUCUGGCACCGUUGACCAAUGACGACAUGGCAUUAAGACACCUUCUCGUAACAUACAGCUAGCUAUACAGCUAUAUGGUAGAGUGGUAGAUAUGCAUUUACUUUGAAUAUUUUGAUGAGUGAAAAUGCAUUUUCCCUUGUCUGACUUGCCAUAUAUCAUCCUCUCCUUUACUGUAGAUGUUCUGUGGUUGUUGUAAAUAUCAACACAUACUGUCUGCGGGCUGCACAUCUGUUAUGGAAAUACAAGUGUUACAUGUCUAAAAAAGUAUAGCUGUUGUGUUUGUGGAUAGAACAAAGUAUGUUUCUGUGGAGAUCACCUGAUCCCAAAGUCAUUAUCUUUUCCACCAGGUGUCAGUGUACUGUUGUAAAAUACUAACAUUGUCCUGUCAUAAACAUGAAUGGAGAAAUCAGUAAAAGUCCCAACUGACACUGUAUUCAAACUGUAACUUUAAAAUACAGAAUAUUAAUGUAGACCUGUUUUGUAGUUCUGUUUCCUAUAUAGGCCUGGCUACAUGAAUUAGUCUACAUGUUUAAGUGCAUAUGUUAAUAAAAAAACACACACACAACAACUAGUAACGAG